AUGGAGAAAGGUUGUUUAGCUUAUUUGGCACAUAUCCGUGAUACUAGUGCAGAUACUCUAUCUAUUGAUUCAAUUCCAGUGCUACGCGAGUUUGCAGAUGUGUUCCUCGCGGACUUGCCAGAUUCUUUCAUGAUAGUAUUCAUUGAUGAUAUCCUGGUGUAUUCUAGAAGCAAGGAGGAGCAUAAGAAACACUUGAGAAUUGCUCUUGGGGUACUGCGGGAUAAGAAUUUGUAUGCUAAGUUCUCCAAGUGUGAAUUUUGGUUGUCUUCUAUGUCCUUCUUAGGGCAUGUAAUUUUGAAGGAAGUCAUCAUGGUGGAUCCGCAGAAAAUUCAAAUAGUCCGGGAAUGGGCUAGGUCCACAUCAGUGACCGAAAUCUGUAGUUUGGUGGGUAUGGCUAGGAAAAUAAGUUUGCAGCAUGUGUUCACCCAGAAGAAUCUGAACUCUAGGCAGCUGAGAUGGAUGGAACUACUGAAGGAUUAUGACAUUACCAUUCUAUAUCAUCUUGGUAAGGCAAAUAUGGUGGCCGACGCGUUGAGCAGGAAGUCAGCUAGGAUGGGAAGUCUAGCUCGUCUGAUCUCUCUGGAGCGUCCGUUAGCUAGAGAGGUUCAGACUCUGGCUAACAUUUUUAUGAGGUUGGAUAUUUCUAACCCAGGCAGGGUGUUGGCUUGUGUUAUGGCUCGGUCAUCGUUUCUUGAGCAUAUUAAGGCUAAGCAGUUUGAGGAUGCUAAGUUAUGUAAAAUCCGUGAUAAGGUGUUGCGUGGUGAGGCCAAGGAGGCCGUGAUCGACGAAGAGGGGUUGUUAUGGAUUAAGGGGCGAGUUUGUGUAUUACGUGUGGGUGAUUUGAAUAAGACUAUUCUAGCAGAGGCUCACAGUUCGAGGUAUUCUAUUCAUCCUGGCGCUACUAAGAUGUAUCAAGAUCUGAGACAACAUUACUGGUGGGCUAGGAUAUAG